GGCCCCGGGUGCGUCCGCGAGGCCCCGGCCUGGCGCACGCAGGACCUCAUGCCCAGAGGUUCCGACGCCCCACGAACCGUCCCACACCCCGAUGCCAACGGUCGCCUCAGCGCCGUAAGCUUCGCGUCUACAGACUUCGGGGCCGCCCAGAAGCCAAAGCCCGUCGAAGGUCCGACCCCGCUGACCCGUGAGCAUGGGCAGCUACCUGAGCAUGUACCUGGGCAUGGCCAAGGCCACGCAGCCAGCCCACGCCCGGAAGCGCCGGUCCCCAUGGUUCCCAUGGACCGGGCCGCCCGCGGAACCUGCCUCCCGAUGGGCCGGGACGGGUGCCAAAUCCUGUGCUACCGCCGCCGCCGCCGCCAGGAUCGCAGGCUCUGGUUCCGCAGCAGGUGGCCGCUUCCCAGUGGGCCGCCCCUCCGCACCUCCUCGGGGCUGGGGUUUUCCGGCCAUGGCAACGGUUUCACGAUGAGGUCCCAGUGGAACGCCCGCCUCUCCUGCCACACGCAGAGCCUGGUGGACAUCCGUACCGCCCCCGUUGAAAGCCUAAGCAGCUUGUCCACGUGUCCGCCCAGCCAGAAGUCGCCGGAUCCCUGUGCCAAGGAGACCGCGCUGAGGGCCCUCAGCCGAUGCGAGGAAGGACAAAGGCGGCUCGACGGGCCUCUCAGGUCUAAGAGUCCCGAGCCCAGGCUGUCGGCCUUCCGGCCCGUGAUGAGGAAUGGAGUGGUCCCUGUCUUUGUGCCCAGGCCGGGGCCUCUGAGAAGCAGCAUCUGCUCCUGGUGCAAGCGCCUCCAAGAAGAGGACACUGAGCCCCGGCCUGACAGCAGCCCUGCCUGAGCCUUCCCUGCCUGCCGCCCACCCUGCUCUGACACCUGCCCUACCCCUGCCUGAGUCACUGGCACGGAACGCCA